ACAGUCCAUUUCUCAAUUUUGGAAUUGGCUAUUAGUUUUCUCUGUUUUGUUCUUAACUGUAAUCUUGUUGCACUUCUCAAUACUCAUCUUCAUCUUUCUCUACUCUCUUGCAUUUUCCAGUUUGUCCAUCCUGCUUAUACUAAGUUGUUAGGACAUCUACGCGUCAAAGCACUAGACAACAUUAAGUCUAGAGUACAAGAGAUGCUAAACAAAGGAGAUGGAUUUGCAGCUUCUGUUCGUACAUGUACUGGUUCUUGUAUGCUCGAGUUUGACCUAGGAUGUGCAGAUGCUGCCAUCAAACAGGCUAACUGGGAUGCUUCAAAAGUCCGAGAAAAAUUUCGUCAUGAUAUUGAUGGCUUGGUAUCAUCCCUAUGCAGUGCAAAGUUAUCAGAAUUGGUAGGAAACUAUAAGAAACAACUUAGUCAAGCACUGAUGAAACCAGUGGAGACAUUACUUGAAGCUGGUGGGAAGGACACAUGGAGUUCAAUAAGAAAGCUUCUCGAACAUGAGACAGAGACUGCUGCUUCAGAGUUUUCAACUGCUAUUUCUGGUUUUGAGUUAGACCGAGCCACAAUCAACAGAAUGGUGCAAGAUUUAGGGAACUAUGCAAGAAAUGUGGUGGAGAAAAUAGCAAGACAAGAAGCUGGAAAAGUUCUGAUCCGCAUGAAAGGUUCUCAACCGUCUUUAAUCAUGGAAAAGGCUCAAUCCCAAGAUUUUGGACAGGAAAAGAAGACAUUAAGACAAUUACAAAGGAUGCCAGAGCUGCGAGUCUCUAAGGCUCUUAUCUGUUAUGGCCGCCAUACGCUUGGAUAAGAACCGGGAUAACAUUGAGAACAUAAUCUUUUCAUGAUUUCAUCCCUCUUAGAAGGAACGUUGGCUGUUUCAUCUUCCCGAAAUAGAAACAUGGUAACAUCUGCAGACGCUCUUGCCUCUAGCACAAGGGAAAAGGUUUCUCCGAAAGAUACUCUGAUUACACCAGUGCAAUGUAAGUCACUUUGGAGACAGUUCAAAACGGAGACUGAGUACACAUUGACUCAAGCUAUCUCAGCAAAGGAGGCUCAUGAGCGUCGUAACAAAUGGUUACCUUCACCAUGGUCAAUUGUUGCAAUUGUUGUCUUUGGGAUUGAUGUCGCAUUUUGGAUGUCGCGAAAAGGUGUGUCAAAGUCCAAGGACGAAAAUAAGCAUUCUGAAAAUCU